AUGGAGCAAUUACUUUCUGCUCAAUUGCAAAUCCAUGGGCGCAUCGCCCGUACGAUGGAAAAUCUCAAGAAGGCGGGAGCCGCCAAUAUCGGCGUGACCAUGGUGCAGUCUUCCCUCUCACUUCUUGAGUCCAAGUGGAAGAGUGCUGAGGAACAACACUACGAAUUAGUGAAGUCAUUCGGUAAAGCACUCGAGAAUCACGAAUAUUUUACCAACGAUUUCUUAAGCGAAAUCGAAACCGUAUACAUUCAGCAGCGUGCGCAGUUGCUGAAUCUAGAAAGGACCUUGAGUGUGGCUGCCUCUGACACGGAAGUCAAGCCCGCUAAUUCCGACAUGAUUUCUCUGCGAAACACGCUGCCUCGGAUUCCUCUGCCUCAGUUUUCCGGGAAGUUCGAGGAUUGGCCGGCCUAUCGUGACCUUUUUGAGUCGCUCGUCAUCACGGAACCGUCACUGUCGAACAUAAAGCGGUUUCAAUACUUAAAGAGCAGUGUGAAAGGUGACGCAGAGCAACUCAUAAUAAGUUUCCCUACCACGUCGGAGAAUUUCGAUCGCGCAUGGACGACCUUGACUCAUCAUUACGAAAAUAAACGGUUACUUCUGCGUUCAUAUCUCUCGGCUUUCACAUCGCUCGGAAGGAUGAAGCACGAUUCUGUCGCUGACCUUCGUCGAAUCUUCAAUCGGAUGAUAACUACUGUCGGAGCGCUGGAAGGAAUCGGACGUCCUAUCACCAAUUGCACGGACCUUUUCGUGCACCUCAUCGUCGAGCUUCUUGACUAUCGAACUAAACAAGAGUGGGAAAAACUGUUUACGAAAAAAUCAGACCCACCUUCCUAUGAGCAGCUGCGUGACUUCCUCGAGGAUCAGGUGCUGAAGCAAGGUGUGCUCCGUCCCAAGGCCUCACAAGGCUCUUCCGGGAAGUCCUCGGAGAAGAUCACUGGUUCGUUGCGUACUCAGCAGCAGCCUAAGCGUGGAGCGGAGUCCAGCCGGAAUUGCCCUAUCUGCAAUCUGGAACACUAUAUUAUGAUUUGUGAGCACUAUAAGUCACGAACACCGCAAGAGCGUAAGGAAAUUGUGAAUACUCAUCGCCUGUGCAUGAACUGUCUAGGACGUCACAAACUCACGGAGUGCCCGUCAACGAAGCACUGCGGUAAGUGUACAGCUCGGCAUCACACGACGUUGCAUGAGCCGUUUGUCGAUGCCACUACAAUUUCCGCUGUUGCUAUCCACGUGGCAGAUCGGCCGACGAUUGAGUGCACACCUGUGUUGCUCGCGACCGCGCGCGUUCUAGUGACCGAUAGUAGUGGUGCUCUGCAAACAGUUCGAGCAUUAGUUGAUCCCGGGUCGGAAACGUGCCUCGUGGCGGAGUCCUUGGCGCAGCGGCUGCGUCUGCCUCGCACACCAACAGCAGUGGCGAUCUACGGUGUCGGCGGCCAGCAGACCGGUGUUUUGCGAGCACGAGUCUCUCUUUCGCUCACGUCGCGUGUCACUGCCGUAUCCAUGAAGAUCUCCGCUCUCGUCUUCCCGCGUAUCACGGACUACGGUGGUGUUGCUGAUCGACGCAGCUGUGCAUGGGCUCACUUACAGGGCCUUGAACUUGCAGAUCCUGAGUUUUACAAUCAGGAUCCUGUAGAACUUUUACUGGGCGCAGACGUGUACGCCUACAUCGCGUUGUCCGGCAUACGGAAGGGCGGUUCAUUUGAGCCCAUCGCUCAAAACACUCAGCUCGGCUGGGUUCUAUUGGGCGCCGCAGGUGUUAGCAACGCUUGUUCAAUCGGCUCGGUCACUUCCUUGUGCUGCUCACCGGCGGACGAGCUGAACUCCCUGGUGCGUCGGUUUUGGGAGCAAGAAGAGUUGCCGCAAGCGUCGGCACCGUGGUCUCUCGAGGAUCCCGAGUGUAAAGAACACUUCCAGCAAACACACACACGAGACUCCACUGGUCGUUAUCAAGUGCGCCUUCCAGUGCGAUCAAGCUUAGUUGAUCUUUCGGCCACUCGUCGCAUGGCCGUAAGAAUGCUCGCCGUGAUGGAACGUCGCUUUAUCCGCGAACCGACAUUCCGCGAUCGCUAUUGCAACUUCAUGCGCGAGUAUCUGUCGCUCGGUCACAUGUCCUUCGCCGUGCCAUUGCCGUCGGACGAAGUGCGAGUGUGUUUUCUACCGCAUCAUGGUGUGCUCAAGGGAACAGGUAGCGUGGAGAAGAUCCGGGUCGUCUUCAACGGAUCGGCGAAGAUCCUUGAAGGGAACUCCUUGAAUGACAGUCUACUGCCCGGGCCAAAUCUAUUACCUGCUUUGCUUUCGGACGUGAUUUCUCGCUGGCGGUGUCAUCGUUUCGUUGUCUCCACUGACAUCGAGAAGAUGUACCGCCAAAUCAGGGUACAUCCAGAAGACCGCAACUUACAGCGGAUUCUAUGGACAGAAAAUGGACAGCCAUUAGAGUUCCGUCUGAACACCGUUACGUAUGGUCUUGCCUGCACUCCAUACCUGGCGAUUCGAGUGCUGCGACAGCUGGCUGACGACGAUGGAAAGGAGUUCCCCUUGGCUGCGGAGGCACUGAGGCGAGACACCUACGUGGACGACAUCCUUUCUGGAGCUGCGUCGUUGACGGAGGCAAGGACGCUGACGGAUCAGCUGGUGAAGCUCUGCAUGGCGGGCGGAUUCCCGCUGAGAAAGUGGUCCGCCAACCACCCUACCUUGAUCCAGGAUAUUCCUACAGAGUAUCAUAGCAGGAAGCCUUCCAACAAUUUUGUUGCCUCCUGA